GGCUGGAGCCUGCCCUGUUUGGGGCUGAAGUUCCUCCAGCGCUGUGGGGGUUUGAGUGCGCGCAGCGCGUCGGGGGAGGCCAGCAGCGGGGACAGGAUCGCACUACCCCGAGCGUACACAGACAGGCUUGAUUAAAGUAUUUCAAGCCUCAUGGCCUCUGGCAUAAACAAGAUUCAUCAGCCCGGGACUUGCAAUGGAUCUAAAGCCGCUCGCAGCAGCUCGGCAGAGGAAUGCAAUCAGGAAAUGCACAUGAAAAUGUGCAAGAAGAUUGCCCAGCUCACUAAGGUGAUAUAUACCCUGAACACUAAGAAUGAUGAACAUGAGGCUAGUAUACAGACUUUGAGAGAGGCUCAUGAAGAAGAAAUUCAGCACAUUCUUGCUGAGACAAGGGAGACGAUUCUCCAGUGUAAAAGCAAAGUUGAAGAAGAACAAUUGCUGAGAAAACGUAUUCAGGCCCUUGAAAUUGCAGUAGAACAACACAAGAGACUAAAGGAAGAAGCCUUGGCAGAGUUAACAUUGUGCAAGAAGCAGGUGGAAGAGAGGGAGCCGAGAACAGAAGCGAAACAAGCACAGACAGUCCUUUCUACAGACACGGUAGAUACCAAUGCAGACUUUGAAAACAAGCUGCUACAUUUAAAUCAGGAGUCUGAUGGGCUGCUAAAUGAGUGCAAAGCAUCUAGAAGAGCAAAUUUAGAUAAAAAAGUAAUUUUAGAUGAAAAAUACAGCGUGGAAGGACAAGCUCUAAUAAAUGAGAUGGAAAACCUGAAGAGUGAGAACCAGAGUGCAACUGAAGAAUGUACUCAGAAAACAAGCAAACUGCAAGCCUCUCAUGUGAGAGAAAAAGAGGACUUGAAAAAUGCUAUGCAGCAAUCUGAAACAAAGAAGAAUUGUCAGCAAAGAGAAAUAGAGCAAAGGAAGAGCUCAGAGGCUGAGGAAGGUUUUUUGCUGCAGCAGGUAAAGAAGCUGGAGGCAGACCUAGAGGAGAAAAGCCAGAAGAUAAAUGAGAGGAAGAAGCAUUCCCAGAAGCUGAAGGAGAGAAUACAG